UUCCGCCCCGCGGCUCCGCGCCGGGAAGGCGGCAGACGGGAGAGGGUCGAGCCGGGAGUCAACGGGACCGGAGACCAGACCGGGACCGAGCUCUGCUCGGCGGCGGCACGGCCCGACGGGCGGGGUGGCAGCCCCAUGGCCCUCUUCACCAGAGCCAGCAGCCAUCCUAACACAACAGACCCCAUUCCCUGUGGGGCAAACAGCACCGCAGAGCCUGAGCUGCCCCAUUCACACGCCUACUACGCCCUCUGCUACUGCAUCUUGAUUCUGGCCAUCAUCUUUGGGAAUGUGCUGGUCUGCUUGGCUGUGCUGAGGGAACGCACCUUGCAAACCACAACCAACUACCUCGUGGUGAGCCUGGCAGUGGCAGAUUUGCUGGUGGCUACUUUGGUGAUGCCAUGGAUGGUGUACCUGGAGGUGACCGGAGGGGUCUGGACGUUCAGCCGUAUCUGUUGCGAUAUCUUCGUCACCAUGGAUGUAAUGAUGUGCACAGCCAGCAUUCUGAACCUCUGUGCCAUCAGCAUUGACAGAUACACCGCAGUGGUGAAACCAGUUCAGUACCAGUACAGCACUGGGCAGAGCUCCUGCAGGAGGGUCUCUCUCAUGAUUGUGAUAGUCUGGAUGCUGGCAUUUGCAGUGUCAUGCCCUCUCCUCUUUGGCUUCAAUACUACAGGAGAUCCCAGUGUCUGUUCCAUAUCCAACCCUAAUUUCGUCAUCUACUCCUCUUUGGUGUCCUUCUACCUCCCCUUCCUGGUGACCCUGCUGCUCUAUGUCCGGAUUUACCUCGUGCUCAGACAGAGGCAAAAGAAGCGAACCCUCACCCGGCAGGGCAGCCAGAGCGCCAGCACCAAACCGUGUUAUGCGCACCAAGAACACAUGGAGAGGAAAGCUUUGCCAAACAGAUGCCAAGGCACAUUUUCCCCCUGUCUCCCACUCAAAUGCACAGGCCAGGAGAUGUCUACGAAGAGGAGGUUGCUGACUGUCUUCAGCCUGCAGCGGUACCGAAGCUUCUGCCACGAGGCAUCCCUCACCAAGGCACCAGGGACUACCCAAACCAGCAGGUGGGAAGAGAGGAGGAGCACGAAGCCAGCAGUGGAGGUACGGAGGCUCAGCAAUGGUAGAACCAUCAGCAGCUUGAGGCUGGCCCAGCAGCAGCCCCGACUGAUCCAGCUGCGGGAAAGGAAGGCUACACAGAUGCUGGCAAUUGUCCUGGGGGCAUUCAUAGUCUGCUGGCUGCCCUUCUUCUUGAUUCACAUCCUCAAUGCCCACUGCCCAUCCUGCCAUGUGCCUCCAGGGCUUUACAGUGCUAGCACCUGGCUCGGAUAUGUCAACAGUGCCCUCAACCCCAUCAUCUACACAACCUUCAACACUGACUUCCGCAAAGCCUUCCUCAAGAUCCUCUGCUGCUGACUGUGGGGCCA